CCCUGACCCGGCGGAGAGCCAGGGUGGGCGCCGGACGGAGCCUGGGCGCGCUCGGACCCCGGCCCCGCCGCCCCAACCUGCCGCCGCUAUGUACGACCCUGAGCGCGGCUGGAGCCUGUCCUUCGCCGGCUGCGGCUUCCUGGGCUUCUACUACGUCGGGGUGACCAGCUGCCUCAGCGAGCGCGCCCCGCACCUCCUUCGCCAGGCGCGCAAGUUCUUCGGCGCCUCGGCGGGCGCGCUGCACUGCGCCUUCUACCUCGCCGGGAUCCCGCUGGAGCAGAGAUUGCGGAUCCUCAUGGACCUCGUCCGGACCGCCAGGAGCCGGAACUUGGGGAUCCUCCACCCAGCCUUCAGCUUGAGCAAGUACAUCCGAGACGGUCUCCACAGACACCUCCCCGACAACGUCCACCAGCUGCUCUCUGGCAAGAUGGUCAUGUCACUUACCAGGGUGUCCGACGGAGAAAACGUGCUGGUGUCGGAUUUUCAUUCCAAAGCUGAAGUCGUGGACGCCUUGUAUUGUUCCUGCUACAUCCCUGUCGUCUUUGGCUUGAUCCCCCCUUCCUUCAGAGGCGUGCGAUAUGUGGAUGGAGGAAUAAGUGAUAACUUACCCUUCAUUGAUUCCAAAACAACCAUCACUGUGUCUCCCUUCUAUGGGGAGAGCGACAUCUGCCCCAGAGUCAAGUCCACGUUCUUACUUCACGAAGGCUUCACCAGGCUCAACAUGCACUUCUGCACAGAGAACCUCUGCCUGAUGUUCCAGUCGGUCUUCCCCCCGGAUGUCAAGGUGCUUGGAGAGAUGUGCCUUCAAGGAUAUUUAGACGCGCUCAGGUUCUUGGAGAAGAAUGGCAUCCGCGACGGGCCCCAUCUGUGCCUGAGUGUGUCCCCAGCAGAGUCGGAGCCAGAGGCGGAGCCUGAGAGCCUGGAGCCUUUUCUGGGCGUGGCCACCCGGGAGGCGUGGCCUGAGCGAGAGGAGCUGCUGGAACAAGUGCGCCUUGGGGUGCUCUCCUGGGACGAGAGCGUCCUGGAGACCCUGUCGCCCAAGCUCACCAUGGCACUGAGGAAUGCAAUGAGAAGCCGAGACGGGUGCAUAAACAAGAUUUUCAGCUUCUUCCCAGUUAAGAUCAUGUCCUACGUGAUGCUGCCCUGCACACUGCCCGUGGAGUCUGCCAUCGCUGUGGUCCAGAGACUGGUGACGUGGCUUCCGGACAUGCCCAGUGACAUCCAGUGGCUGUGGUGGGCCACCUCCCACCUGUGUUCUCAGGCCAUGGUGCAUCUGCUCCCCGCGUCCAGAUCCCAAAUCCCAGCAAGCGGCCAACGGCCUUCCUCCACAAACCGGAGCACCGUGGGCGCCGCCAGGCUUCCUGCUCCCCCGUGGACCCACAGAGGCCAGAGCUGACAUCUGUGAUGUACACAGAAUGACCUCCGUGCUGAGUUUGUAGUGUCCUGAAACCAAAGGCAAUCUUUCUGUCUUACAAAAAGCUAGGAAGCGACUCUUGGUGUGUGCAGUGGGUGCGGAGCUCAAGGAUACCCAGGAUAUGAGUCUCUAAGUAUCGGGGACCUUGCGGCGGGGGGCUGGGCUGCCCUUUGUGUGGUCUCGGGGGUUGCGGGGGAGGACGGUGGUCCCAUCUCUCCAUACAGGAAGCAGUAAGUGUGGGGCGAGGCGGGCUGCCAUCCUCCCAAGGACAUCCCUGGUUAGGGGCUACAUUAUGAGGUGGUAACUAACUUGCACUCUGGUACAUCUUUCUGACCUAUUCUAAAUAUUUGGUGGAGUUAUAUUAGACAUAACUCUCGGUUGGCACUGAGAGAGGGCAUCAGAGGGCAGACACACUGACACCAUAAUCACAGAAAACUAGCCAAUCUGAUCACAGGAACACAGCCUUGUCUAACUCAAUGAACCUAAGCCAUCCCGUGUG